UCGCCAUUUUUCCGCAAGCCGGUGCUCGCAGUUGUGCGCGCGCGUUCAUCACGCUUCAAUUUCUCGUCAAAUAAAUUGUGAUUUGAAAAAAGUGUUGCUAUUUAAACAUGGUGAAUAGCCUUUUGACGUGGAAACAAAUUUGCUGUCCUAAACGUCAGUUAACCAAGUCGAGUACCAUCAGCUCCUAUUCAACAUAACAAGAAACUACUUUGCAACAACAAUACUAACUUCACUCAAUCAACAACAACAACAACAACAACAAGACGACGAACAAGGAAAACUAAGUUUUUCAUUCGAUUCCAAUUAGAGCUUUGGAAUUUCGUCGUUAGUUAUAGAUAGAGAGCGAGAGAGGCGGAGAGGGAGAGAGACGGAAGGGGUGCAAAGUUUUUUUUUUUAUUAAUUUAUACUUAAUAUAAUCUAUUUUAAUCAGUAUUUAGUGUCCAGUCCAGUUUAGCAAUAAGUUGUGUGUUUAGGUUAACGUAAUUUAUUGCAUACUUUUAGGCAGGCCGAGCUGAGCAUUUAGCUUCAGCUUCUGGGUAGGGAAGGGCUCACAGAGGACGUCAGGAGUUUUCGCUCAGAUUUCAGCGUAUCCUCGAUUCGGUGUACUGCACGCGUCUACUUCAGUUUUUCAUUAUGAAAAUAACAACAAUGAAGUCUAAGCGCAAAUAUGGCUGUUUAGAGAAUAUUUGAAAAGAACUUUUCAAUUAUUAAUAAUUAAGAUUAUUUUUCCGUAUAUCAUUUAUUAUUGUAGCAUUGUAUUUUAUAGUUUUCCCCAAGAACACUAAUUUUCUUUGCACAAAGUUCGUAAUAUUUCAUUUCCUCUACACCACACAACACUAUAAUAAUUUCAAUUCAAAUUCAAUUUUCAAUAUCUAACACUAGUUAAAGAGUUCCAAGAACAGUCAGACAGACAGACAGGGAGACGGUUAGGCUGUAUGAUUAGGGGCUAGAGUUGUUUGUUGUGUUUUUGUUUUCCUUGCGAAAAAACGGAGUUUUUGUGAUCAUGGAGAGCUAUUCAGCGGAUCUGCUAUGGAUGGUAAUCAUUGGCUUUCUCAUUGCCUUCGUUUUGGCCUUUGGCAUCGGCGCCAACGAUGUGGCCAACUCCUUCGGCACUAGCGUCGGCUCUGGCGUUCUGACCAUACGUCAGGCUUGCGUCUUGGCCACGGUCUGCGAAAUUUCUGGCGCUGUUUUAAUUGGCUACAAGGUAUCGGAUACAAUGCGAAAGGGGAUUCUGGAGGUGAGCCUGUACGAGGGCGCCGAGGAGGUGCUCAUGCUGGGCUGCAUGUCCGCACUGGCCAGUAGCGCCAUCUGGCUGCUGGUGGCGACAUUCCUGAAGCUGCCCAUUUCGGGAACGCACAGCAUUGUGGGCUCCACCAUUGGCUUCUCGCUGGUGGCCCGUGGCGUGCAGGGAUUGAAGUGGUCGACGCUGUGCACGAUCGUUGGCUCGUGGUUCAUUUCUCCAGUGAUGAGCGGCUUCGUCAGCAUUCUACUCUUUCUGGCCAUACGCCGCUUCAUCUUGCGCGCUCAGGAGCCACUCAAGGCGGGCUUUCGUUCGCUGCCCAUUUUCUACGGCGUUACGUUCUUCAUUAAUGUCAUCAGUGUGGUGCUGGAUGGGCCCAAGUUGCUCUAUAUGGAUAACAUUCCCACUUGGGUAGCGUUGAGCGUCAGCGUCGCACUAUCGCUGCUGGUGGCGCUCUUGACGCAGCUGGUGGUGGUGCCGCUGCAGCGACGCUCGAUUGCCAAGAAGUUGCGCGCCCAGAAUCCGGUCAAGUUCAAUUUCGAGGACUCUGUGGAGUCUUCGCCGUCCGGCAGCCCGAAGAAGCAGCGCCGUCCGCUUUCGCUUGUUAGCGAGGGUAAACCACUGCCGGCUAUUGCCGAAAUCACCGAGCUGGUCUCGCUCAGCGACAAUUCGCCGAAGACCUUUAAGCUAGCGCCUUAUGGCCUCGCGGCCAAGAAUAACAAUGCAACUGCCGAGGACUACAAGAUAGAUCCAGAGAUAAUACGCAAGGCCGAGGAUCUGCUGGGCAAGGCCAGUCUGGAUAAUCCCGAUCUGACCGUGACCAGCCUGAACUACAUUGAUGAGCAGCAGCAAUUGCAGCACCAGCAAAAUGGACGCAAGCUCCAGGAGUGCUUCAAGCGUGUCCAGUCGCCCAAGGAGGAGCGCAGGACGGACACAGUGGACAACGCCAAUGUUAAUGCUAAUGCUAGCGCUAAUGUCAAUGUUGCUGCCAAUGCUAAUGCUAAUGCGAGUUCAACUGCCAAUGCUACCAACAACAAUUUGCAGGUGGUGCAAAGUGCCGGCAGCUUGGAUCUAAUGAUCAGCACCACAUUGUCGCCAAACUCGAGCAAGGUUCCGCUCAUCGAGAGCAAGGAGGCGCUCAAUGAGCAGGAGGAGGAGUUUAAGCGUGCAGCGGGUCGACGUGCCAGCAGCAGCCAGGAAUCCCAGGAGGUGUCCAUGCUCUUCUCGUUCCUUCAAAUCUUGACGGCCACCUUUGGUAGCUUUGCGCAUGGGGGCAACGAUGUUAGCAACGCCAUUGGACCACUCAUCGCUCUCUAUAUGAUCUAUCGUGAGGGCUCCGUAAUGCAGAAAGCAGAAAGUCCCAUUUAUAUAUUGAUCUACGGCGGCAUUGGCAUCUCCGUGGGUCUCUGGCUGUGGGGACGCAGGGUCAUCGAAACCAUUGGCAAUGACCUAACAAAGAUCACCUCAUCAACAGGCUUUACCAUUGAAAUAGGCGCCGCCAUCACCGUACUGCUGGCCAGCAAAAUUGGUUUGCCCAUUUCGACGACACACUGCAAAGUGGGUUCGGUGGUUUUCGUGGGUCAUGUGAGUGGAGCGGGUCGCAAGAGCGAACGUAAGGAGCACGAGAAGGAGCUGGGCGGGCCAUCGGAAGAGCAACAUGCAGCGGCACCGCCAGCUGCUGGGGAAGCCAUGGAGGACGGUAGCGUCGAUUGGCAUUUGUUCCGGAACAUUGCCUACGCCUGGAUAGUCACGGUGCCGGUGACAGCGAUGCUCAGCGCUGGGAUGAUGUACGUGCUCUGCGCCCUGGUCGUGAAUGAUGUGGAUCCAGUUUAAAGAGGCUAACUUUAAUAAACGUCGUCAUUCAAUUAUUAAUUGUAAAAGUAAAUUAAUGUUUCGUAAUUGUACCAGUUGAUAAAGCAAAACCAAAUGAAAAACGUACGAAAAAAGCAAAACAAAACAAACAACUACAAAUUUAAACUUAAACCAAAUUACUCACCUAACUAAGCGAAAAA